AGUUCUCUGCUCGGACCUGCGCAUCCACUUGUUGAGUUCACGACAGUUCACCGUCGCUCUGUUUAAAGAGGCAACAACAUGGCACACGGUCUGGUCAGACGGGAGUCGGUGGAGACGGAGAUGCACAAGUCCGAAAGCAAAAGAAAAGCCUUCGUUUACACUAAGAAGAGGGGCUACGAUGUUACCCGAAACCCCCAUCUCAACAAGGGCAUGGCGUUCUCCCUCGAGGAGCGUCUCCAGCUGGGAAUCCAUGGCUUGCUGCCUCCAUGCUUCAUCAGCCAGGACAUCCAGCUGCUCCGAGCGCUCAAGAACUUCGACAUGAGGAAAGACGACCUGGACAGAUAUGUUUUUCUGAUGGAUCUCCAGGACCGCAACGAGAAGCUGUUCUAUCGGGUGCUAAUGUCCGACAUCGAGAGGUUUAUGCCUGUCAUUUACACCCCCACUGUGGGCCUCGCCUGCCAGCAGUAUGGCUUGAUAUUUAGAAGACCAAGGGGACUGUUCAUCUCUAUUCAUGACCGUGGCCACAUCGCCUCUCUGCUCCAGAACUGGCCAGAAAAGGACAUCAGGGCUGUGUGUGUGACGGAUGGAGAGAGGAUCUUGGGACUGGGAGACCUGGGCUGCUAUGGCAUGGGCAUCCCAGUGGGCAAGCUGGCCCUCUACACAGCCUGCGGAGGUAUGCCACCGCAGCAGUGCCUGCCUGUCAUGCUGGAUGUGGGCACAGACAAUGAGGCGCUGCUGAAGGAUCCUCUCUACAUUGGACUGAGGCACAAGAGAAUGAGAGGCCAGGCCUACGACGACCUGCUGGAUGAAUUCAUGAAGGCUGUGUCAGACAGGUACAGCAUGGACUGUCUGAUCCAGUUUGAAGACUUUGCAAACAUUAAUGCUUUCCGUCUGCUGAGCAAGUACCGCAACAAGUACUGCACCUUCAAUGAUGACAUCCAAGGUACUGCUGCAGUGGCUGUAGCUGGACUCCUGGCUGCCCUCCGCAUCACCAAGAGCAAAAUGUGCGACCAUACUAUAGUGUUCCAAGGUGCAGGAGAGGCAGCGAUGGGGAUCGCUGAUCUGAUCACCAUGGCGAUGGAGAAGGAGGGACUCGCCAAGGAGGACUGUAUGAAAAGGAUCUGGAUGGUUGAUUCCAAGGGCCUCAUUGUCAAGGGUCGAGACCACCUGACUCAUGAGAAGGAGAGGUUUGCUCAUGAGCACCCCGAGAUGAAGAAACUGGAGGAUGUGGUUCGGAAACUGAAACCCACAGCUAUCAUUGGUGUGGCAGCUGUUGCUGGAGCUUUCUCUGAGCAGAUCAUCAUGGACAUGGCAUCUUUCAACGAACGCCCAAUCAUCUUCGCUCUCAGCAACCCUACAAGCAAAGCCGAAUGCACUGCUGAGCAGUGUUACACACUAACAGAGGGCAGGGGCAUCUUUGCCAGUGGCAGUCCAUUUGACUCUGUGACACUGCCUGAUGGGAGGACAUUCUACCCCGGUCAGGGGAACAACGCUUAUAUCUUCCCUGGUGUGGGCCUCGGUGUCACUGCUUGCACCAUCCGAUGUAUUACUGAAGAGAUAUUCCUUACUGCAGCAGAGGCUCUCGCUCAACUGGUGACAGACAAGGACCUCACCGAGGGAAGACUGUAUCCUCCUCUCAGCUCUAUCAGGGAGGUCUCUCUCAAACUGGCAGUCAGGAUCAUGGAGUAUGCCUAUGAGCACAACAUGGCGACACUUCAACCAGAACCGUCCGACAAAGAAGCAUACGUACGCUCACUCUCUUACGGCACUGACUACGAUGAGUUUUCUGUUGACUCGUACCGCUGGCCAGAGGAAAGCAUGACAAUCCAGUCAUGCAAACUUUAAUCCACUUGACAGAGACAGAACGUGCCCUCAAGGGGCCAGAUAACUACUGAGGUCCAAUAUCACCACUAGACGUGAUGUUGACAUAUGAAAGAGGAUGUGUGUAGAAUUUUCUCUUUAAUAUAUUACUGUGAAAUUAAUGAUGACAACACAUUAUACUGGAAGCAAAAGAGCCAACAGUGUUCACCAGUGAUGUUUCGUGCUUCUGGUGGGCCUCACGAAAGACAUAUUGAGCUUUAUUUCUCGUAAUUACUCCUCUGCCCCAAAUAAUAGCAAGAAUAGAAUGUACUCCACAAUAUGAAGUUAUUCAAUAUUUCAUAAUAUAUAAAGUACAGGCCAAAGGGAUGUUAAUGAGAUGUGAAACAGAUAGCAGUUUAUGAAAUAUUGCACUAAUGGCUGUUAUCACAUGACACGUUGCAAUAAUAUAUAUAGAGGAAAUCCUUCACAGGUUACUUUUGAUUGUACUGUAAUAGGAAGUUACUUUAUGACUGUGUCAGAGAAUAUCCAACAACUCAUUGUGGAAUAAAAAUGUUUUUGAUUAA